AUGAUCGAGCAUGUUGAUUUUAAAGAACGUGAUUCAGCUAAUAAACUUUAUACACUCGAUGACAAAAAUACCAAGCUUCAGGAAUGUGAUGAUAAAGUAUCAUUAUAUGGAACUGAUAUUGAAGGUGAAUUUUCUCGUUAUCAUUCUCAGAGACCACGAUCUAGAAGAAUUGAUUCGAAUCCCGCAACGGGUAUUCAAUUGAACCGGGUUGACUAUUACGUAAAGCUGAUGCGUGAAAUACUUGAUUAUAUUUAUUUUUCGUAUGCUGAAUAUCAUAAAACAAUCGAAGAAAAACUUAUUCAUUUUCAAAAUGUUCUUCCUGGAUGUGCACAUCUAUUUUCUCUACAGGACGCUAAUAAUCUUGCACAACUUGUUCCUGGUGUUUCGUGCGCUGCUCUUUUACAUUCUGAAAUUGAACUCCUUAAAGAUGAUAUCGAUUCAUGUACUGAAUUGCCAGAAUUUAUUGACAAAUUGAGAGUGAUUAGAAGCGGCUAUCCAAAUGCUGUACGCGUUUAUCAAUUUCUUCUCACUUUGCCAAUUUCCGUGGCCACCAAUGAACGUAGUUUUUCUAAGCUUAAAUUGGUUAAAAACUAUUUAAGGUCUACUUUAUCUAAUGAUAAACUCGAAUGGCUUAUGCUUUGUUCACUUGAAAAGGAUUUAUUACAAUACAUUGAUCUGUCUAGUUUUGCUGAAGAUUGGGCAUUGUCAAAAAACAGAAGAAUAAAAGUUCUGCCAAAUACGUGA